GCCGCGCGCGCCCCUCCCAGGCCCUGCCGGCCGCAUGGAGCCCCCGGAGGGCGCCAGCCCGGGAGGGGUAGUUAAGGAGGUCGAGGUGCCAAGGGCUGCCCUGGGCACCCCCGUUCCUGAGACAGGGACCGGCAGCCACUCACCUGUGGCCGAGGAGGAGGUGGGCGUCCCAGUACCGGCACCGGGUCUCCUGCAGGUCACGGAGAGGCGGCAGCCCCUGAGCAGCGUCUCCUCCCUGGAGGUGCACUUCGACCUCCUGGACCUCACCGAGCUGACCGACAUGUCCGACCAGGAGCUGGCCGAGGUCUUUGCCGACUCAGAUGACGAGAACCUGGCCAGCGACUCACCCGCAGGCCUACACCCGCUGCCCAGGGCCGGCUGUCUGCGCUCCCCCUCCUGGACACGCACCAGGGCCGAGAAGAACCGUGAGAAGCAGCCCUUCGGCGACCCUGAGCGGCAGCCUGCCGUUGUGGACACGUUUCUCACCGUGGAGAGGCCCAAGGAGGACUAGGCCGGCUGGCCCGGGGCCGAGGCGGGGCAGGUCCGGGCAGCCGUGGCCCCGUGGACGCUGCCUGCCCCACUUGGCGCCUCCGCAUAAGCACAGCCCAGUGGCCUUACGUCCAGCUCUUCCUGGUCCCUGGAUCAGGGACCAGGCCCAGGGAUGAGAUGAGACUUCUGUCUGUAGGAAUGGUGUUCUCGUCUGUCACUAGACUCCCGGGUAGGGGUGCGGUGAGCAGGGACCUGCCCGUGAGAGGCGCUCUGCAACCCCCUGGGGGUCUCGGGGGUCCAGUCUUGAACGGCAGUGCCAAGCUCCAGCCCGCGGGACACCCUGCUGCCCCAACCGCCUUGAUUCCAACCCUGCCCCCCUCCUGCCGCCCAGGAAGUGUCAGCACCAGAGCCCCCAGACCCUAAUACCCUGCUUGCCGUGGUCCCUGCCUGAGAGCCAGACCCACCUCCUGAGCUCGGAACACCAAAUAUGUCACGACUGCCUCAGACCGCCAGGCAGGGCAGGGGCAGGCGAGGUUCGCCCUCCCCCUGUCCUUGCCAUGACAGUCCCCGCGGCCCACCAGACACAGGCACACACAGGCACGCACACGCGUGCAGCAGCCCGAGGGGCACGGGGACGUGAGGGGACCUGGGCACAGCGCCUGGCCCCCAAUUCAGGGGCGCCAGGCUCGGCUGCUCCGGACGCUGCUUACCUACUAAGGGACAGAACCGGCUUCCAGUCACACAGCGAGUCCAAGAACAGUUUUAAAACAAACGUGUAAGCUUGCUUUUAGUCCCCAAGGCCACCUGCCCUGACCCCUUCUCCACUGACACAUUUCUGGGGAAGGAAAACAGGCCUGGGCACAUGCUGGGCCCACUGGGCGUGGCUACAGCACGUCCCGCCAGGAAAAGGGUCGCCCUCUGCACCAGGAGGGGCACGUGAGGGGCAGCAACACGGAGGUGUCUUCCAGACACAACCAAGAAUUUCACUUAAAAGGGAUCCUGUGAGGGCAGCCGCGCCCCCCGCCCCCCAGGUCUUCCCCCCCGCCGAGUUCCCGUCCUUCUUGCUACGGCUUCUGCAGAUCUCAUUUCCAAACAGCAGGAUUAAA